AUGUCGCAGCAGGGAUGGCUCUACGUCCUCGAGACAAAGUUGAGAAGAGAGAUUCUGAGUCUCGGUUUCGUCGCAAGAGCUGCUGAUUCCACAAGUUCUCCUUCUUCUCUGGCUUCCGGUGGUGAUAAAACAUUAAUCCCCGAUGAUGAAUUCACUCUAGCCAAGAUUUCAUUUGGUGUUAUUGGCCUAGGUCUCGGGGUCUCGCUCCUCUCUUAUGGUUUUGGGGCUUACUUUAACAUCCUUCCUGGAUCUGAGUGA